AUGAUCUGGUGCCGGAUACUAGGGUUGGCCUUACUGGCCACGGCCGUAUCGUCAGCGGCCCAGAAAACCGAUGACUUGGAGUGCAUGUUCCUCGGCUAUCCCGAUCUGGAAUACGACGGUUUUGAUCGAACUGAGGUUGGUCGUGAUUGCAGAAACUAUGUGCAGCCGGUGUUAGGUACUUCCUGCUGACG